AUGCCUCAGGAUAUGCCCCCAGCGGGGGGCUACGCUCCUGUCCAGUACAAGCGUAACAUCCCUGCGCGCGGCUUCAGACCGUCCAUCUACCUUAUCGGCAUGCACCUUGUCAUGGCCUACGGAUACUACAAGCUCUUCUACGGUAUCCGCGAGAAAAAUGAACUUGUCCGCGAGAAGGUGUGGGCCCGCCUGCACUUAACCCCCCUCCUCCAGGCCGAGGAGGAUCGCGACCAGGUCCGCAGAUACUACGCCGACAAGGCUCGUGAGAAGGAGCUCCUUGGAACGGAAACCAAGGUCUACAACUCGGACCGCUUCAUCCGCCCUACCUUCGGCUACGCCCCUGCCAACGUCACCAAAUAAACGAGACGAUAUCCACGGUCUCGGGGUAUGUGUGAAGAAUACCCUUUCGCAGCCAGAUCGGUCUGAUCAGUAUACCGCAACAAUUGAAUCUGGAGAAAGAGGGGGGCGGGAAAGGCGAAUUUUUAUCGAAUUGAAGAUAUUGGACGAUGUAUCAGCUGAACGAAGUUUUUUUUUUCUCCUCAUGGGUUUUUAAGGGGCAAAACUGCGUUUUGAGCUUGUCAAGAGAAUCGUGUAGAU